AUGUGUAAUCAAAUAUGCAUAAAUACUCAAGGAUCAUAUACUUGUGAGUGCAAAAUUGGAUAUCAGUUUAUAAAUGACAAUUCAACUUGUGAAGAUAUUAAUGAAUGUGAGACUGUUGAUCACAAUUGUACACAAACUUGCAGUAAUACAGUUGGAUCAUACACCUGUUCUUGUAGAGCUGGAUAUAAAGAUAAUGGAUAUGGAAACUGUACUGAUAUUGAUGAAUGUUCAAUGGGUACCAGUGGCUGUCAACAACUCUGUUUUAACACUAAUGGAAGCUAUUACUGUCAAUGUAAUACUGGAUACAAACUAAUGAAUGAUAAUUCAUCUUGUGAUGGUAUGUACAGUUACU